UGGGCAUGGCCGACCUGGCAGGCCGCUUCAGCCUGGCCGUGAUCGGCGCCUGCUGUUCCCCCAGCAACAGGCUCAUCUUCCUCUGCAGCGCCGCCGCCUCUGUCCUCCUGCGAACGUCGUACAUCUUCGUCAGUAACUUCACUGCCGUGGUCGUGCUGUCGGCGCUGCUGGGGUUCUGCAAGUGCUUCAUGCUGGCAGUCAGUCCGCUGGUCAUCGCAGACGCCUGCGCUCCAGAGAGGUUCCCUGCCGCCUUUGGACUUCAGACUGUCAUGGGCGGCGUCUUGAACAUGGCGUUCGGACCUGCUAUUGGAAAACUGAGAGACGUCACUGGCAGCUACGCCGCGUGUUUCCUCGCGCUCAUGGUCCUCGGCCUGCUGUGUGUAGUGCCGUGGACGAUAGAGAUGGUGGUCACUGCACUCAGAAGUCGAAAGAAGCCGCUCGCUUAACGUCAUAUUUAUUGAAGCCUGUGAGCAGAACGACACAGAAAAGUGUGUCACUGCAGGAAGCGGAGAUCUUUCGAUAGCG